ACACCGGGAGAAACUUGGUGUCCAGGGGAGGCCCCCGGCGGCUGGAGCGCGGCGGAGGCAGGCGCACAGGCCGGAGGGAGAGGAGCCGAGGGGCGGCCCGAACGCGGGGAGGGAGCGAGGCGAGCGGUCAUGUGCCCGUGCCCCCUGCACCGGGGCCGCGGCCCCCCGGCCGUGUGCGCCUGCAGCGCGGACCGCCUGGGGCUGCGCUCGUCCGCGGCGCAGCUCACCGCCGCCCGACUCAAGGCGCUCGGCGACGAGCUGCACCAGCGCACCAUGUGGCGGCGCCGCGCGCGGAGCCGGAGGGCGCCGGCGCCCGGCGCGCUCCCCACCUACUGGCCCUGGCUGUGCGCGGCCGCGCAGGUGGCGGCGCUGGCGGCCUGGCUGCUCGGCAGGCGGAACUUGUAGGAACGCGGGGCUUCUUGGUGGGGCCGGAGCCGAGACCCAGCCGGAGCAAGCAACAGGUUGGUGAAAACCCUGUGUCCUUGGAGAAAGCUGGUUGCCGUUUUCCCGAGAGGGAGCCCAGAGCUUGAAAGGCGGCGGUUGGCACUUCGAGAAGGAAGUGGAGAAUGAAAACAGCGCCUGGAGCACUAGAGCAAAGCGGAAUGGGACUGGGGAAGCCCUCUGGAUAUCCAGCUGCAGAAACAAAACACCCCAAUGCUAUUUACAUACAGCUCGCUCUAUAUAUAUAAAAAAGAAAAUAUGAAUAUUGCUACUCAGUGCAUGCCUUGUUGAGGACGUGGUCCCCUCCCUUCUCUGCACCUCCCGAUGUGAACUUGACUCUUUCAUGUCUGGGGCACCGGAAGACAGAUGCCUACCGUGUACCGAGAAACGUCACCAAGACUGGUGGGAAUUAGCCUCAGAGCCGACCAACCACCUGGGGAGGGAUGCUGGUGGAGUAAGAGGUGAAACGGCAAAAGGCAAAAUAGAAAGGAAAAAAAAAGUGAGGAGGACUCGAGGCCAGUUUGUAGGGGCAGUCCGGGAUACUUCCAUUCCCAAGUCCAGACGAGUCCCAGCCUCUCUCUGUCCCUAAGAUAGACAGCUAGUCCCACUGUCCCAUCAACACAGAUUGGAUGUCCCCACUGCCAAUCAGUCAGGUGUCUCUGGUGCUUCUCGUCAACUUCGCUGGUGCUAAGCGCGUUUCUGCUGGUGCUGCCUUGGCAUUGUGUCGCCAGACCUGCGAGACCAGGGGACGAGAGGGAUUUCGGUUUGCUGUUUCCAAUUCUUUUUUUUUCUAAAGGGACAAGAGGCAAGUGCUACUGGAGAGUCUCUUCUCUUUCUAUGGGGACGAAUGUCCAGAGGUGUGCAGGAGCAGACCUUGAGUUCUGGGAGGGAGGGAGGGCAUGCUGAUUAUGAGGUGGAAAGCUGACCUCAUCUAUGACUUGUUUGCUGUCUCUUCCACCCCCGAAAAAGUACCCUGGGAGUUCAGCCCACAGCCUCCUCCACUCCCCAAGGGAAUUUCAGGGAUUAGGUUUUUAUGGAUUAAAGAGCUAAGACAUGGCUACGCGCUAGUCAAGGGUAAUUUAUAAGCAAGGUACGGUGGGGGAGGGUAUGGGUCAUUUAAAUGAAAUGCACCAGCAUCUCACUGACUGACAGAGGGUCUAACUGUAAGCACCUCCCCCAGUAAGCUCCUAUUUUCAGAACUUUCUAGAAGGGCUAAAAACAAAAAGAUGUGUGCUGGACUGAGACUUGGCUGCAAAGACUCUUCAGGGAACAAUUAUUUUUUGCUUUCCUUUAAAAAAAAAAAUCCAACAGAAACAGGUAUUACUCCUCUGUGCAGGGCAUCGCACUGCCAUUUCCAAAGCAGAGAUGGCGGUGAGUGGCCAGGCUGCAGGUUGAGUCAUUCCACAAGGCUGGGUUUGGGUCUGCAGCUCACUAGCC